AUGGGGAAGGAAGCUUAUGUUCACUAUGAGACCCUUCCUUUCCCUUGGUCUCCUUUUUUCUACGAAUACAACGUAAUGGAAAGAGAAAAUGACGCACAGGUGAUCGUGAAGCCGACACAUAUGCCAUUUCCAAAACCCAAAUCACACCACAACCCAAAACGGCAAUGACAUAAUGACAA